UCUUCUUCUUCCUCCUCCUCCUUUUCCUCCUCCUCCUCCUCCUUUUCCGCACCUUCCUCUUAUUCCUCCCCCUCCGCGGGAGUUCAAAGCGGCGGCGCGGAGAUGAGCAGCUUUAAGUGGAGUCCCUCCGGGCGUCGAACGGGCAGCCUCUACUGCAGGGUGGGCAUCGGCUUCCACCUCCAGAUCCAUUCGGAUGGGCACGUCAACGGCUCUCACCACGAC